AUGGAAACUUCUAGAACUUUCUCGGAUGUUCAAGAAAAUUUGAGAAAAAAACGCAAAAAAUUUCUUGCCAACCUAAUAAAUACAAAUGAAAAAGCUAUCAACACGUCGCAUACAGAUACAACCAACUCGACAUCAGUCGAUGCUCCAAAUAAUCUAGCCAUUGCUUUUCUGCUUGAAAUUUUAUCAACCAAACGUCCUAAUACCAUGUUAUUCCAAAAAGACAUGCGUGGUGCUUCUGUAGCUGCAGGCGAAAUCGAAACGGGCAAACUUCCUUUUUUCUAUAUCCAAUAUCUUUUGGUUCACGAGAAAUACCGAGGUUCAGAUGUUGGUCUGAAUAUAGUCUACUUCGUUCUUGACAGCGCUGCCAACUGCUUUCCACCGCAGUACGAUAAACUUAUUUGUGAAGUAGAGGCUAAACAAUCAGCACUUGAUUUUUGGAAAAAGGCAGGUUUCAAGGAACUUCCAGGUCGUCCGGAUGACCCUGAUGACGUUGUAUUAGGCAAAACACCAAAAAGGAUGAAAUGUGUUAGCACUUCGAUUGAAAAUGCGCUUGUCUUGGAGUAUGAUUCAAUCGAACCAGUACUCGGCGCUCUUGUAGAAUGUUUUGGUCACCAACAUAUGAACGAUUUGGAAAAGGGAGAAAAAGAAGGCGAAUAA